AUGGCGAUCGUCCACAUUGUACUGUUCGAAUUCAAGCCAACAGUGACACACGCACAGGUUGAAGAUGUCUGCACUCGCAUGCUGGCCCUAAAAGACAACUGCAUUCACCCAACAACGAACCAGAAAUACGUCAAGUCGUAUGGCGGUGGACGAGAUACAUCUCCAGAAGGACUACAAGGAGGAUUUUCUCAUGGCUUUGUGAGCGAAUUCGAGUCGCAAGAGGAUCGCAAGUAUUACUUGGAGAAGGACCCUGCACAUUUGGAAUUUGUGGCGAGUCUGAAAGAUGUAAUUCAGAAUGUCCGUGUGCUCGACUUCGAGCCAGGCAAGUUUUAG